AUGGCCCUAAGUACUGCUCUACUCCUCCCAGGCGAUCUUGAGCGAAAUGCCAAGAUGAUUGAGUAUGAGAACUACGCCUUUAUGCUGCAACACUCUGUCCAAAUGAAAAAAUUGGAGGACCAAGCUGAGGCCGCCACCAAGGCCCAAAGUCUAGCCGAGGAAAAAGCUGAAUCUGCCGAGGCAAUUAAGAAGGUCGCCGAAGCCGAGAAGAAAGAGGCCGAGGACAAAAAGGCCCAAGCGGAAAAGGAACCUCAAGAUGCUUUAUCUACUAAAGAUGUCGAAAUCAAGGCGGCCGACGAAAAGGCCUACGCCCAGGGUAUGGCCAACGUUACUGAGGAGUAUAAACUUCAGGAAGAGGAUGAGGCUUUGGUCAGAAAACCAAAGGAUGCUGAUAGGGCUAAGUCCCCUCCUCAGAAUGAGCAAGUCCUUGACCUGACUCAAGCUGAAGAAGGUGAUGAGGUUAUCCCUGGAGCUGUUCCUGACACUGUUCCAGCCGACAUCCCUUCCGAGGUUAAGACUGUCGAACAAACUCUUCAGGAAAUUGACGCCGAAAUAGCGGCAGAGAAGGAGGCCGAGGUUGUAUCUGAUCUCCAAAUCCAAUAA